UGUGUGUGUGUGUGUGUGUGUGUGUGAGAGAGAGAGAGAGAGAGAGAGAGAGAGAGAGAGAGAGAGAGAGAGAGAGAGAGACAGACAGACAGACAGACACACACAGAGUUAUACCGUGUAAAAGCUCCGUCAUGUUUAUAUUGAGCCCCAGACUGUUUAAACUCCGUACAUUAGCUGUUAUAACGCAGCGCUCGUGCAGCAGCAGCAACAAGCAGCCGGUGGUGUUUAUGGAGCUCGCGGCGGAUACUGAACCUCUGGGUAGAGUCACCUUCCAGCUGAACUCCGACACGGUCCCAAAGACAGCAGAGAAUUUUCGAGCUCUGUGUACAGGAGAACACGGUUAUGGAUACAAAGGCUCCAUCUUCCACAGAGUCAUACCACAGUUCAUGUGUCAGGGUGGUGAUUUUACCCAUCAUAAUGGUACGGGAGGGAAGUCGAUCUACGGCACACGUUUUCCUGAUGAGAACUUCACACUGAAACACACAGGGCCUGGUAUUCUGUCUAUGGCCAAUGCAGGACCAAACACCAACGGCUCCCAGUUCUUCAUCUGCACUGUAAAAGCUGAAUGGUUGGAUGGGAAGCAUGUGGUGUUCGGCAGUGUGAAGGAGGGGAUGGAGGUGGUGAAGAAGGUGGAGGCGUUCGGCUCUCGCUCUGGGAAAACCUCCAAAAGAAUCAUCAUCUCUGACUGUGGAGAAAUCAAAUAACACACACACACACACACACACACACACACACACACACACACACACAGCAAGAACACCUCAGCACCAGGACUCGUUCCAGUACAGAUCACAACACACCCUUUUUCAUUUCCUCUUCUAUAGGCCCUUCUCUUUGCCCCCUACUUCUGCCUGCUACUUCCUGUUCCUGUAAAAUCUGACAUUUUUUAUCAUAGACUUUUCUGCUUAAAGAUGACUGACAUGGGUAUUCUAAAGCUAACUCGCUAACAUUAAAGAGCUAGCUAACGGUGAGAAUAUUAGCUAGCUAAUAGAAUACCGUCGGAUGCUCCGCUUUGGGGAUCGUCUUUAUUCUCUCGCCAGUUUGGUGUCUGAUUUAUACAAAAUGUUCCCCAAAUAAAACUAGCUGGUUAGCGUUAGAUACGACCUCUACAUAGAGUCCGCUAGCUAGUGUUAAUAAGCGGAGGAUCCGUGAGCAAGUAACGAAUCAGUGUGUGAUUAACUACCUGACUGCAAUUAUUAAGCCUGUGAAUUCUGAAUCUGAGCCAAAUCGGGAUUAAAUAAAGCUGGAUCAGUUAAACCUGGAUCGGUGACGUGUUCAGGUCCAGAGUGUCUGCAUUCAUGUGAACGUUGUGUAUUCGUGUUUCUGGAAGCCGAUCCUCAGGGAGUCGCCCGUUUCAGCUCCUCACACACCUGUCCUGGUGGGCGGAGCUUAGAGCGGGACGCAUUUAAAAUAAAAGAUUUCAUCACAUUGUAAA